CAUGCACUCACCAGCUGGUGUGUCUGGGCCAGGGCAGUGAAAAUGUUUGGUGUCAUCGGCAACAAAUACAUGCACAGGGGACCCCAAUAGGCAGACUGGUGUGUCGUGGGGCAGGAAGCCAGGAGUGAAGCCCGACAUAGGUGUGUGCACACACAUAUGUGUAGCCAGCUACAUGUGUGUGUACUUUAAGGAGAUACUUUAAUUUUGGUUUUUGUUUUGUUCCUGGGGUGAAUUUUCUGUUGAACAUUUUUCCCUCCUAUUUAAUUUUUUUUUUGCAUUUAAAAAACUGAAUAUAAAAAGUAUAAGAAUCAAACCUUUGAAAAGACUGAGGUGUGCAGCAGACGGCAGAUGGAUCCUGUGGCCAGCAGCUGCAUGAGGAGCCCUCACCCCCCGGCCCCUGUCUGGGGCUGCCUUCGAAAUCCCCACUCCGAAGGCAGUGGGGCCUCAGGGCUACCCCACUGUCCACCAACCCCGUUCUCCUUUCACCAGAAACCAGACUUCCCGGCGACAGCAGCAACGGUAACAUAUCCUGACUUCUCAGCCUCCUGCCUGGCAGCUGCCCCACACAGCCUGCCCCGGGAGGAGCGCAUCUUCACCGAGCGGCACCCUGCCUUCCCGCAGCCCCCCGACUGGCACUUCCCUGUCUCCGAGGCCCGGCGCAGGCUCAACUCGGGCCCAGCUGGGGGCUCUAGGGGGAUGGGGGCCAGCAGCCCAGGCCUGGUGGAUGCCACAGGAGGCCCAGGCGAGGACUUCGAGGCCCUUGGGAGCGCUGCCAAUGAGAUGGAGAAGAAGUCAACCAGGCGGAGAAAGGAGAGUUCAGACAACCAGGAGAGCCGAGGGAAGCUGGAGGGCGGCAGCAAGGCCCGCAAGGAGAGGACGGCCUUCACCAAGGAGCAGCUGCGGGAGCUGGAGGCCGAGUUUGCUCAUCAUAACUACCUGACCCGGCUCCGGAGAUACGAGAUCGCCGUGAACCUGGACCUCUCCGAGCGGCAGGUCAAAGUGUGGUUCCAGAACCGAAGGAUGAAGUGGAAGCGUGUAAAGGGGGGCCAGCCCAUCUCCCCUCAUGGGCAGGACCCUGAAGAUGGGGACUCCACAGCCUCUCCAAGUUCAGAGUGAGAUUCUCCAUGGUGAAAAAAGGACCAAAGACUGAGCCCCUUACCCCAAAACCCACACCCCAAUCCUACCUUCAUCUUCUCCCGACCACCUCACGCUCUUCUCUACAUCUUGCAGUGACUCUUGGAUUUGAAACUGCCCGGCAUUCUGGGAGCCUUGAAUCUUCCCAGAAAGUUCUGCCUAACACUGCUCUGUCUGAGCAUCCCCUCCUCCAGGGUCUUUGCUUCCCACAGUUUUCAUGGAAUGAUACAGCAGCCCUACCGGACCCGAGUCAAUCUGGGGCACAGCUCCAGGGACACUACCAUUCAGCAUCUCUUGGCUGCUGCCCACAGCUCCUCCUACCACCUUCCUUUAUACCAGCCAGGCCUCUGCCAGGUCUGGACACCAUCUGACCCGCUGGGAUAAGAGCCUUGGGUUCACUCAUAAAAACAAAUGCUCCAAAAGAAAGGAAAUGACUCACACACUCACACACUCUCUCACACACACACACACACACACACACACACACACACACACACACGCGGCCACCUUUCUGAGCCCUGUAUCUGAGACUUCGGGGCCUUCAGUUGUCCCAAAACCCCAGGGAGGAGGGCUGAGGACAGAAAUUCAGCUGCUACAAAUCAGAAACCAGUCCCUGUCUCCAAAUUUGUGGGCUGAGUGGGCAAGUUUACGAGCACUGGCUGGAAGAAGACAGUUGGGAAGACAGCCUGGUGGAGGUCUGAGAAUGGACCCAGGACAGAAUCUGCUUCUUCAGAACCAAUUCAGGGAUACAACUGGGAUGGCUGAGCAGAGCCCCAGAACAACAGAGCAGCUCUUCCUUUUAAUCCACUAUUUCUGGAUUAAAAACCUUGCAGAUGCUCACAUUGUUGAGCUCGGGGCUGGGAUGUAUUCUCUGUGUUCAGAGGAUGGAGAGAUCACACAAGGGCAGCUAGAACAUGGCACCCCAGAAUGGAAGUUCCUCCAGCUGCAGUGUCCUGUGCUCUCAAGGGACUCUGCCCACAAAUGGCAACAAAAAACCAGUCCCUCUUUCUCCAUGGGAUGCAUUCGAACUCCUUCCAUGUGUUCCACAAAUGCUGUUAUGAUGGAAGGAGCUGCUAAGGUUAUGUGUGUGCCAGAUCUUCUGGCGCCAAAGAUGGAACUGACAGCCAAAGAGCCUGGGGAGGCCAAAGCCGUGGAAAGGGACCCACUGCCUGCCUCAGUUCUCUGUCUCCCAAUACCAGCUGGUAUUGCAGAGGGAGGUCAGCAAAAGUUUGGAGCUUUUGUGUGUAGAUUUAAUCAUCACAUGUGAAAAAGAACCCUACCUCCACAUCCUAAAAGGACAAACGCUGUGGGAAAUGAUUGCCAAAUGAGAUGGCUGGUUUGAGCACCUGUAAUUUUUUUCAAAAGCAUGUUUCAUGUAUUUUCUUAAGAUUACAUCCAGUUAACAGUACAAGGUCAAUUCGCUUAGCAAGAACACUCUUGGAAAAAAUAAAAUCAAUAAAAAAGCAAAGUUCCUAAGCCUUUUUCCUUGAAGAGCUAAGAACCACAGCUCUGUAUGCAGUCCGCAGAUGCUUGUGUAACGACUGGCCAGACAAUGUCUAGAAGCAACUAAGAAAGGGAAGAAAUCUCUAGACCAAGGUACCUCCAUUGGGUUCUUCAAAAUGGGGUACAAAUAUAAUCGUAAAAAAACCUCUUCUGCCUCCCCAUGCAAUUGCUCUGUCUUCAUUUCCCUCUACAAUUUUAACUUACAGUUUCCCUAAGCUAUGGCUUAUCAAAUAGUCAAAGUUCUGUAAACAAAAGAUAAAGUCUCUUGUUACUAAAGCAAUCUUGACCAUAAACUGCCCCUACUUUUUAAAUUCAAAGU